GGGUUCUCAGUGUGUGGGGCGGUGAUUGGCUGGGAGCGCUCUGGAGCAAUGGCGGCCGCGGGGCUGUGCGGCGGCGACUUCUCGGACCUGCGGGAGGUCAAGAAGCAGCUGCUGCGCGUGGCGGAGCGGAGCCGCGAGCGCGGGCUGCAGCACAGCGGCAAGUGGGCCUCCGAGCUCGCCUUCGCCUUGGAUCCGCUGCCGCUGAGCGAGCUGCCGCCGCCUCCUGCGCUCACAGAGGAGGACGCUCGUGAUUUGGAUGCCUACACAUUAGCCAAGUCUUACUUUGAUCUAAAGGAAUAUGACAGGGCUGCCUAUUUUCUGCGGGGAUGCAAGAGUCAGAAAGCUUACUUCUUAUAUAUGUACUCGAGAUACCUGUCAGGGGAAAAGAAGAAGGAUGAUGAGACAGUGGAUAGUUUGGGACCUCUGGAAAAAGGACAGGUGAAAAAUGAAGCUCUACGAGAAUUGAGAGUUGAGCUCAGCAAGAAACACAAGGCACGGGAAUUGGAUGGAUUUGGCCUUUAUCUGUAUGGUGUCGUGCUGCGGAAGCUGGACCUGGUGAAAGAAGCCAUAGAUGUAUUUGUUGAAGCUACCCAUGUCUUACCUUUGCACUGGGGAGCCUGGCUGGAACUUUGCAACUUGAUUACAGAUAAAGAGAUGUUGAAGUUCCUGUCCUUGCCAGAUACAUGGAUGAAAGAGUUCUUUCUUGCACACAUUUAUACAGAGCUGCAGCUGAUAGAGGAGGCUCUGCAGAAGUACCAGAGUCUCAUUGAUGCAGGAUUUUCCAAAAGCACUUACAUCAUCUCUCAGAUUGCAGUUGCCUACCACAAUAUCCGAGAUAUUGACAAAGCUUUAUCCAUCUUUAAUGAGCUAAGAAAACAAGAUCCUUACAGGAUAGAAAACAUGGACACUUUCUCCAACUUGCUAUAUGUAAGGAGCAUGAAGCCUGAGUUGAGCUAUCUGGCUCACAAUCUCUGUGAGAUAGACAAGUAUCGUGUUGAGACCUGCUGCGUAAUUGGGAAUUACUAUAGUUUGCGUUCCCAGCAUGAAAAAGCAGCCCUCUAUUUCCAGAGGGCCCUGAAACUGAAUCCUCGUUAUCUGGGAGCAUGGACGCUUAUGGGACAUGAGUAUAUGGAAAUGAAGAACACAUCCGCAGCUAUCCAGGCUUAUAGACAUGCAAUAGAGGUGAACAAAAGGGACUACAGAGCAUGGUAUGGCUUGGGACAAACCUAUGAAAUCCUGAAAAUGCCAUUUUACUGUCUUUAUUACUACCGACGGGCCCACCAGCUCAGACCAAAUGAUUCUCGUAUGCUGGUUGCUCUAGGAGAAUGCUAUGAGAAACUCAAUCAGUUGGUGGAAGCUAAAAAGUGCUACUGGAGGGCUUAUGCUGUGGGAGAUGUGGAGAAAAUGGCACUGGUGAAACUAGCAAAGCUGCAUGAACAGCUGAAUGAAUCUGAACAGGCAGCUCAGUGCUAUAUCAAAUACAUCCAGGAUAUCUAUUCCUGUGGGGAGAUAGUGGAACACCUGGAGGUCAGCACUGCCUUCCGUUACCUGGCCCAGUACUACUUCAAGUGUAAGCUCUGGGAUGAAGCCUCCGCUUGUGCUCAGAAGUGCUGCGCAUUCAAUGAUACUAGAGAAGAAGGGAAGGCCCUGCUGCGGCAGAUCUUACAGCUCCGCAACCAAGGAGAAACAUCAUCCACAGAUAUUGCUGCUCCCUUUUUCCUCCCUGCGUCCUUGUCGGCAAACAACACUCCCACACGUCGUGUCUCUCCACUCAAUCUGUCUUCUGUAACACCAUGAACACUGCUGAUACUUUUAGCCUGUGUGUUCAGUGGGACGUUACAGAUUUCUUUCCAGUGAAACUUGGACAGUCAUUAUUGCCUUCACGUGAAGGUGAGGAGUUACUAGAGCUCACAGCUGAAGACGGAUGUGCCCCACCAGGCAAAGGUGCAGCCUAUGUGAAAGUGCCUAUGCUGAGAUGUGAGAACUGCUGUGCUUCUCGCCAAGUCAUUCCAGUCAGAGGGCAGAAUGUUCUGAUAUGCAGGACCACUCCUAACUGAGGGACCGGGAAAAGCUUGUCUGCUUGACUUAAAAUGUAUUUGAAGUUUGAUUCUGCCCUGUUACCGCUAGUCUUUACUGAACUACUUUGGAUGACUUCUUGGCCAUCUAUGUUGGAAACCGUUACCUGCCUACUUAAUGACUUUCAGUUGUCUUGAGCUACACAGGUGUUCCACUGAAGCAGUAGAUACGGGCACUUAAAUAUAGUGCUAUGUCUAUGUGUUAGUACUGACAGAUGUCAGAGGAAUUCCAAGUAGCUGUAGGUGACAGCUGUUUGUCUUUCUAUCUGUGGAUCUGACAGAUACUUUGGCUUUCAGUAGAAAAGCAGCCACUGGGAUAGCACAAUUAAAAGCUAAUGGUUAAGUUACUGUCCUUGGGCUUUCAUGUGUACUGUAGCAAAUGAAAUUGAAUGAACUGUAAGGGACCCUUUUGUUCAGGAUUGCCAUGUCUUGUGGACAGGGUGGUGCAGGGGAUUCUUUCCCUCCAGGGCUGCUGCUUGUCCCUGCUCAUACAGCCAGCCAAGAGUCUGGCUACAUGUGAGUUUAAGGUGCCCGCUACAGAAAUGACCAUAAAUUAACAGAUUAACAUAAACAAGAGAACAAUGCACUUAGAUGUAUUUGCUUAAAACAGAAACCACAGAAGUGGUCUGAUUAUGUUCCCUCUUGCUUAAAGUCUGCUAGUGGAACAUACAUACAUGCUUACAGUGAUUUAAGUACAUGCUCACAUUCUUCGGUCUCCGGCCCAUCACCUUAUCCAUGUCUACAUCUUGGGUGUCUUGUGCAGUCAAUCCUGAACCUAGGAUAUGUAUAGAUUUGGGGUUUGUCUUGUGUGCUAUUGGAACAUGCAUGUGUACACAAAUAGAGUAAGGAGCACAAUGACAUAGAAAACAAGCAGCCCUAAUGCUUAAUCAAUAAAAGCAUGGUGAGUGGUCUCAGCCAGAGAAGGGUUGCUGAGCAGCAGCCUGCGGACAUGCAGCUGGUAGCUCCUCUGCUCCUUCCCAUCAACAUCCUCGCUCCCUGCCUUGCCACACUUUUCCAGUGCUCAUGCCUCCCUGACCCAUCUUCACCCCUUUCCUGGAGUCUGUGUUCAUUCCCCUGGCAUCUGAUGAUGUAUCUUGGCAGGUCCUGCAAGGUGGUCCUGCGAUCCCCUUCCAACAUUGUGAAGUAAAUUUGCUCUUGCUUGCAAGACCCUUCCUGAUAACCAACCAUGAUCGUGUACCUCAUAGAGGCAGUGGAGGCCAGAGGUUAAUGACACUGCUGGCUUUGACUUGAAUUGUCUUGUUCACUGACACUUGGUGCCCCUCAGACAAGGACAGUGUUGUGUUUGGGCUUCAUCUGUCUGGGAGCGAUGGGACUUCUUAACAGUUUGGGAUAUCAGUUUAACCUGUGACUUCAGAGGAGUUCAGCCAAAUGUCUCUGUGCUGUUCAGUUAAAACUUGUAAGCUUGAUACGACCUGGAGGUCUUUUUUUAAAGUACCUGAGGCUUGUAUACAUUUUGAGUUAUGAAUAGCCAACUAUGAAUAUAUUGAUAUGCUAUUAAUAAUCUGAAGUUAUGGAUAAUCUGCAGGUGUUCAUGCUAAACAAGCUCCAGUUCCCACAGAGCUAUCCAGUAGUGGAAUCUUCCACCGCGUUUUGUGAUUGUCUGAAGAUUUCUGUAGGAGGAAAUAGUCCCCAUCUCAAUUGAAUGUUUUGUAAUGAAGAUUGUCCAAACCGUA